CAUUUAUAUGUUGACCGUCUCGUCCCAGCCAGUAGGGGGCACAACAGAGACGCUAUGUGUUAAUGUGUACCCCCUUCAAAAACCACUAUCAUUGAUGGUGACGCUGGAACACAGCCAAAACAGCAGGAUGCUCCUGAAGCAGAACGCCAUCAAAAAAGACUUCUAUCAGUGCCUUCCCUUCAAGGUUCCUGAUGUAAACGUUGAGUCGGAGGCUUCCAUUAACGUUCAGAUCAGUGGAGAAGGUACGUUUCUGAACAAGACCACGAAGAUCCUCAUCAGACCUCCUGCUCAGUUGACCAUCAUUCAGACAGACAAACCCAUCUACAAACCUGGACAAACAGUCAGAUUCCGAAUCGUCUCUCUGGAUUCCAGUUUUCUCACCUACGAGCAGCAGUUCCCAACAAUAGAGCUGCAGGACCCUAACUUCAACCGUAUUGGUCAGUGGCUGAACCAGUCGACGGUCAGCGGCAUCCUGGAUCUGUCCUAUCCCAUGAACACAGAGGCCCAACAGGGGUCUUACAUCAUCACUGCCUGGAACGAGAAAAACGAGGCGACCAGCCAAGACUUUGAAAUCAAGGAAUACGUUCUACCAAAGUUUGAGGUGAUUGUCAAGCUUCCUCCAGUCGUAACGGUUCUGGACAAGCAGGCCACUCUGAAUGUUUGUGCCAACUAUACGUAUGGGAAGCCUGUGAGUGGCUCCGUGAAGGCGGAGGUGUGCCGUAAACGCUUCACCUUCUGGUGGAUCAGGCCUGAAAACAAUCAGACAGCCUUGGACAUCUGCAAAACAUAUUCUAUGACGACUGAUAAGACGGGCUGUGGAUCUACUGUUGUGAAUCUGAUGGAGUUCGCAGUGACUGAAACACAGUAUGAAGACGUUGUUAGUGUGGUGUGUGAGGUGGAGGAGUAUGGCACUGGGGUGGUCCUGAAGGGGUUUGGCAGCAUGACUGUCACUAGUGACAUUGUCACAGUUACCUUUGUGGAUGCUCCUCAGGCCUUUAAGCUUGGGAUGAGCUACAGAGGAAAGGUUAAAGCUACUGGUCCAGACUCCAGUCCUGUCGAAGGUGCACCAGUGUUUCUAACCGUGAGGUACGGCGGAAACAAAAAUGUGACCUGGACAGUAGUCACAGAUGUCAACGGUACUGCCCCCUUCAGCCUAAACACACUUCUGUGGGGGUCAGAAGCAGUUUCUUUGGAGGCUUCAUAUCAAAAGGUGCAGGAACACUGUGCUGAACCUGCCGUUGUGGAGGCUCAGUACAUCAUACAGGGCAAAGAGAUUAAACCAGGCCAGCGGUCCCUGGACUUCUUCUACAUGGUGAUGUCUAAAGGCAGCUUGGCUCAGUACGGACGUCUUUCAGCAGCCAUGAAUAAAGGAACAGUGAACAAAGGGAAGCUAACGUUUUCACUGCAGAAAGUGGGUGCUUUGGCUCCGCGUGCUCAGGUGGUGGUGUACACUGUGCUCCCGAGCGGAGAGGCCGUGGCCGACAGCAGGGAUUUCCCCAUUCAGCUGUGCCUGACCAACAAGGUGUCUUUGACGUUCCCCUCUCCUACGGCUCCUGGGGGUCAGACGUCCCUCAUCCUGAAAGCUCAGCCCGGGUCCCUGUGCUCUGUGAAGGGUGUCCAAGGUGUUCCUUGCCUUCCACCCAAUGAUGGCUGGGAUAGGCUUCAGCUCCCCCCACAACCUAGAAGGAAAAGAGGUUUAGAAAGAGACCUGAUGGGCCGUGCUCUGAGGAACAUCGACCGUCUGCUGGCCAUGCCGUACGGCUGUGGAGAACAGAACAUGCUGCUCUUCGCCCCCAACAUCUACAUCCUCCUGUACCUGCAGAGCAGCGGACAGCUGACCGCAGAGAUCCGGAAGAAAGCUGAGACGUUCCUCGUGAGCGUUUGCGAUCCGUCAGGCAACACCUGGUUAACAGCAUUUGUGAUGAAGUCCUUCGGAAGUGCAAAGCAGUUCAUCUUUAUAGAUCAGCUGUAUGUGGACCAGGCCAAGACUUGGCUGGGUCAGCAGCAGCAGAACGGCUCCUUCGCCUCAGUGGGUCAGCUCUUCCACAUCGACAUAAAGUGUUUGGUCUGCGCGCGUCACUGGAGAAGAGAGAGUGAUCUGAAGGUGUUGGACUCUCUGGAGGUGGAGAUGACCUCGUAUGUGCUGCUGGCUCUGCUGUCUGGACCGGUGCUACAGACCUUUGAUAUGAGCUACUCUGCUUCCAUCGCCCGUUGGCUGGCCCAGCAGCAGAACACCUUUGGAGGAUUUGCAUCUAUACAGGACACUGUGGUAGCUCUGCAGGCUCUGGCAAAAUACAGUGCUGCCACCUACAGUCCAGCAGGCACCGUUGUGGUCACUGUGACCGGCCCGUCACCUCCAAAGGUAUUUACAGUCAGUCAGAGCAACAGGCUGCUGCUGCAGGAGUCCAGCCUGCAGGUCGUGCCCGGAGACUACAAGGUCAAGGCUGAAGGCAACGGCUGCGUGUUUGCACAGUUCUCUGUGCGCUACAACAUCCCUCCCCCAGCCGACUUCUCUUCUUUCAGCCUCUCAGCUAACACUGCUGGAAACUGCAGCAUCCCCAUCCCAUCUGUAAGCCUGUCUGUGACUGUCAGGUGA